CGCGGGGCGGAGCCACCGAAGCUGCGCGGGUGCUCAGGUGAGAGCUCUGUGGCUGGGGCGGGUCGGCGGGCGCCAGGAGCCCCGGCACGGAAGCCGUGUUGUUGUGGAGGCGUUGUCGGGGCGUCCCCAGGAGGCGCGGGGGACCCGGCGAGAGUCCGGCCGUCAGGCCCUCGGCCUGAAGCGGGAAAGGGCUCCGGAGCUGCGGUCUCCUUGCCCAGGACGUUAACGGAGAAGCGUGAACAGUGGGAGUGACCCGCAGUGUCUGAGUGACCGUGGGCAAGUCCCUAGCCCUGGCCCUCACCUUCCUCAUCAACAAAAGUGGCAGGGAGGCAAGAUGACUUCUCUCCCCCAAGCUUGGAACAGCUGAAGGAAACAACAGUACAACAUGAGAACAACGAAGGUCUACAAACUGGUCAUCCACAAGAAGGGCUUUGGGGGCAGUGAUGAUGAGCUUGUUGUGAACCCCAAAGUGUUUCCUUACAUCAAGCUUGGAGACAUUGUGGAGAUUGCUCACCCCAGCGAUGAAUAUAGCCCUCUGCUUUUGCAGGUCAAGUCACUUAAGGAAGAUUUACAGAAAGAAACUAUUAGUGUGGACCAGACCGUGACUCAAGUGUUCCGUCUAAGACCUUAUCAAGAUGUCUACGUGAAUGUUGUAGACCCUAAGGAUGUGACCCUGGACCUAGUGGAAUUAACCUUUAAGGAUCAAUAUAUUGGCCGUGGAGAUAUGUGGCGACUAAAGAAAAGUUUGGUCAGCACAUGUGCCUAUAUCACUCAAAAGGUGGAAUUUGCUGGAAUCAGGGCACAGGCUGGUGAGCUGUGGGUCAAGAAUGAGAAGGUCAUGUGUGGUUAUAUCAGUGAAGAUACCAGGGUGGUGUUCCGUUCUACGUCGGCUAUGGUUUACAUAUUUAUUCAGAUGAGCUGUGAAAUGUGGGAUUUUGAUAUUUAUGGGGAUCUAUAUUUUGAGAAAGCUGUGAAUGGUUUCCUUGCUGAUCUCUUUACCAAAUGGAAGGAGAAGAACUGUAGUCAUGAAGUGACAGUGGUCCUAUUUUCUAGAACUUUCUAUGAUGCAAAAUCUCUGGAUGAAUUUCCUGAAAUAAACCGAUCCUCAAUUCGACAGGAUCACAGGGGGCAGUUCUAUGAAGACUUUUAUAAAGUGGUGGUGCAGAAUGAGAGGAGAGAAGAGUGGACUUCACUUCUCGUGACCAUUAAAAAGCUCUUCAUCCAAUAUCCAGUAUUGGUGCGACUGGAACAAGAAGAGGGCUUUCCUAAAGGAGACAAUUCUACCUCAGCACAAGGAAACUACCUGGAGGCCAUCAAUUUGUCAUUCAAUGUGUUCGACAAGCACUACAUCAACCGCAACUUUGACCGAACUGGGCAGAUGUCUGUGGUGAUCACGCCUGGGGUGGGUGUGUUUGAAGUGGACCGUCUACUCAUGAUCUUGACCAAGCAGCGGAUGAUAGAUAACGGAAUUGGUGUGGACUUGGUGUGCAUGGGGGAGCAACCAUUACAUGCUGUCCCAUUGUUCAAGCUCCAUAACCGGAGUGCCCCUCGAGAUUCUCGUCUGGGCGAUGACUAUAAUAUUCCUCACUGGAUAAACCACAGUUUCUACACGUCCAAAAGCCAGCUCUUUUGUAAUAGUUUCACCCCACGAAUAAAACUGGCAGGAAAGAAGACUGCUUCUGAGAAAGCAAAAAAUGGCCGUGACACAACUCUUGGGACUCCAAAAGAAUCUGAGAAUGCCCUUCCCAUCCAAGUAGAUUAUGAUGGCUAUGAUGCUCAAGUGUUCAGGCUGCCAGGCCCAUCCCGGGCUCAGCGCCUUGCCACCUGCAGGUCUGUGCGAGAGCGGGAGAGUCACAGUCGAAAGAGUGCCAGCUCCUGUGAUGUCUCAUCCAGCCCCUCCCUGCCUAGCCGUGCGCUGCCCAGUGAGGAAGUGAGGAGCCAGGCUUCUGACGACAGCUCCCUGGGCAGGAGCGCCAACAUCCUGAUGAUCCCACACCCCCACCUACACCAGUAUGAAGUCAGCAGCUCCUUGGGCUAUACCAGCACUCGAGCAGACGUCAUGGAGAACAUGAUGGAGCCACCACAGCGAGACUCUAGUGCACCUGGGAGGUUCCACGUAGGCAGCGCAGAGUCCAUGCUACAUGUUCGAACUGGGGGAUACACGCCCCAGCGGGCACUGAUUAACCCCUUUGCCCCCUCACGAAUGCCCAUGAAGCUCACAUCCAACAGAAGGCGCUGGAUGCACACUUUUCCUGUGGGACCAUCCGGAGAGGCCAUCCAGAUCCAUCACCAGACCCGACAGAAUAUGGCGGAGCUGCAGGGCAGCGGGCAGAGGGACCCAACUCACUCCUCUGCAGAGCUGUUGGAGUUAGCAUAUCAUGAAGCUGCCGGAAGGCACAGCACUUCCUGCCAGCCUGGUGACGGCAUGUCCUUCUUGAGCUUCAGUGGAGCAGAGGAGCUUUCUGCCAGCCUGCUUAGCAACAGUGGUGCAGGUAUGAAUCCUAGGACCCAGAAUAAGGAUUCUGUAGAGGACAGUGUUUCUGUGUCUCCAGACCCAAUUCUGACACCGUCUGCUCCCCCUGUAGUGCCAGGCUUCUGUUGCACAGUGGGAGUGGACUGGAAGUCUCUCACUACUCCGGCAUGCCUCCCCCUCACCACCGACUACUUCCCCGACCGCCAGGGCCUGCAGAACGACUUCAAGGAGGGCUGUUAUGAUCUCCUCCCAGAAGCGGACAUUGACAGAAGGGAUGAGGAGGGUGUACAGAUGACGGCCCAGCAGGUGUUUGAAGAGUUCAUUUGCCAGCGUCUCAUGCAGGGCUACCAAAUCAUAGUGCAGCCUAAGGCACAGAAAGCCAGCCCUGCUGUCCCACCGCCACUGAGCAGCAGCCCUCUCUAUAGCCGAGGCCUUGUGUCCCGAAACCGCCCCGAGGAGGAGGACCAGUACUGGCUGAGUAUGGGCAGAACUUUCCACAAAGCGACAUUGAAGGAUAAGAUGAUCACAGUGACACGGUAUCUUCCCAAGUACCCCUAUGAAUCGGCCCAGAUCCACUACACAUACAGCCUCUGUCCUUCCCACUCAGACUCGGAGUUCGUCUCUUGUUGGGUGGAAUUCUCCCACGAGCGCCUAGAGGAAUACAAGUGGAAUUACUUAGAUCAGUAUAUCUGUUCUGCAGGCUCCGAGGACUUCAGCUUAAUCGAAUCUCUGAAGUUCUGGAGGACCCGCUUCCUGCUGCUGCCAGCCUGUGUCACUGCCACCAAGCGCAUCACGGAGGGGGAGGCCCACUGCGACAUCUAUGGGGACAGGCCCCGGGCAGACGAGGAGGAGUGGCAGCUCCUGGAUGGCUUUAUCCGCUUCGUGGAGGGUUUGAACCGGAUCCGCAGGCGGCAUCGCUCGGAUCGCAUGAUGCGGAAAGGGACUGCCAUGAAAGGCUUACAGAUGACCGGGCCCAUUUCCACGCACUCCCUCGAGUCGACCGGCCCCCCAGUUGGGAAGAAGGGCACUUCUGCUCUGGCUGCCCUGUUGGAGAUGGAGGCCAGUCAGAAGUGCCUGGGAGAGCAGCAGACAGCUGGGCACGGUGGCAAGAGCUCCUCACAGCCAGCUGAGAGCAGCAGCGUUGCCAUGACUCCCACCUACAUGGACAGCCCACGAAAGGAUGGGGCCUUCUUUGUGGAGUCUGUCCGCAGCCCACGCACAGCGUCGUCCUCCUUCUACCCGCAGGUGUCUGUGGACCAGACAGCCACCCCAGUGUUGGACAGCACCAGUUUAGGGGUCGGCACAGGCCAGUCUGUGGACAGAGGCAACAGCCAGACCUUUGGGAACUCCCAGAACUCAGGGGAGCAGAGCUUCCCCUCUGCAAACUCCAGUGAUAGCAGCUCUCAGCAGCUGGCAGCAGGUUCCUUGACAUCAUCCUCUACCCUGGUGGAGAUCCUGGAAGCCAUGAAGCACCCCUCGACAGGAGUCCAGCUGCUCUCCGAACAGAAGGGCCUUUCCCCAUGCUGCUUCAUCAGCGCCGAGGUGGUGCACUGGCUCGUGAACAACGUGGAGGGUGUCCAGACGCAGGCGAUGGCCAUCGACAUCAUGCAGAAAAUGCUGGAAGAGCAGCUCAUCAUGCACGCAUCUGGUGAAGUCUGGCGGACCUUCAUCUAUGGCUUCUAUUUCUACAAGAUAGUAAUGGACAAGGAGCCCGACCGAGUGGCCAUGCAGCAGCCUACCACCUGGCACACGACUGCGGUGGACGACUUUGCCAGCUUCCAGCGCAAGUGGUUCGAGGUGGCCUUUGUGGCCGAAGAGCUCUUGCAUUCGGAAAUUCCUGCCUUCCUCCUGCCCUGGCUGCCCAGCCGGCCAGCGUCCUAUGCAAGCAGGCACAGCUCCUUCAGCCGCAGCUUUGGGGGACGGAGCCAGGCAGCUGCACUUCUAGCCUUUUUUGACAACCUGCUGUAUAGAGGGGUCAGAAGAGGCCAUAGAGCACCUUAGCCUACACCCUGAUGCUUGGACAUUUUCUGCAGCACUCCUAAUAAGCAGCCAGCCAGCUGUUCUUUGAAAACUCCCACCAAUAUUGCACUCAUUUAUGAGAUCACUCAUUCUGUUUUUGGGCACCUCUGAUUGUUACUUGAGCUUCAGUGCCCUACCUGAGGUCAGUCUCUGCUCUGGUGACACUGAUCCCCUCCCAGGCCAUUAAUCGCCCCCUUGCUGUGACCCAGCUGAAGGAUUCUCAGCCUGCUCCUCCUCUCAGUUUACACAUAAUUAUUGGACUCUGUCUGUCCCAAGGUGAGUAAGUCCAUUCUUACGGAAUCAAGGAGUGAUUCAGAGAACUCACCGGAAGCUGCAACCCAGCUGAGCAUGCGCCUUUUCAGGAGUAUCAGCCUGCUGGCAGCAUCUGUACUGUCAAAUCUAACCCCUCAAGUACAAAGCUAGUGAUAUCUUGAUCCUGUGACCACUUGGCUGAACAGCGCAUGCCCUUGGGCUUCCUCAGACCAGCCUGUUCUGAACGUAAUGUACUAGAUGGGAGAGACAAGAUGUGCAGGAUCACUGCUGGGGCUUACCCAGUGCCCUUCUUUUGUGACUGGGGCUGUCCCCUGGGGAGGACUGCAGUGUCCAAGACCAGAGAGUAAAGCUUUCUUCUUUUGAUUUGGGCUGUCAAAUGAAGGGUUACUCUGGCGGGAUCAUGAAUCAGGAGCACAAGGCAGAGACAGAAACUAGAUUUGAUGAGCCUUUUAGCAUGGGAGCUGCCCAGUUCUCCAGCCUAAGUACCACGGACAUUGAAGCAGUGUCCAUGGGAGUCACCAGCGGGCCUCAGAUUGAGCAUUGGUGCACUUGGGCUUCAAGUGGGAGGAAGGAAUAGUAGGAAUGGGAGGGGAGUUACAAGUGAGGGAGGCUAGAGGAGAAGGCAGGAGGGGGAGACUGUGACCCCCUCUCAUCCAUGUUUUGCCUGAUCAUCACUUGUCUUCUGUGCAGCAGGGCAGGCACCAUCUCACUCUGCAGAGAGGGACUCAACCAGGAGAGAAGCCACGUUCUCAAGGGCACAUGGCUAGUAAAUGGCAGAGUUUAGAUCUUGUGACUUCAAAUCAAGAAUGUUUCCCAUUUUGCAUGUUCUAGUUUUGAGAGAAUGAUCACCUGUACACCUGGCAGCUGAAUAUCAUGGUGUCUGCCUGGGUGCCAUUCAGAGUCUAGCUAUCACUCCACUGCCUCCCAGCAGCUCAUUAGAAUUGCUGACUCAGAGCCAUUUUAUCCUUGUGAGUGAUAAAAGCCACUCAGCACUUAUCCACUUUCUACCUGCAGAACCCAGAACUAAGCUGAGUGCUUCAGAUAAGGAAAUGCCAUUAAACUUCUGGGGGCAAGGGGUUGAUCAUAGUUUAUAAAUGCCAGGUCUGGCCAUGCCCAGCUAGGCAGAGCAGAGCCCUGAUCUUUCCUUUACCUCUGAGCCCGUUUCAGACCUUCAGUCUGGUCAGGAAUUUGGUCAUCUGACUUAUCUCCCUAAUGUCCCUAUCCUGGGUUGAGUAGGGUUUCUGAGGAGGAGUUCCAGAUAGCAUGAGCCAGUUUGAUAGCAACCCAGAAUCCUCGAGCAACACACAGCUGAUGGAACAGGGCAUUAAGCUCGUUAUGAGGCUUCAUUUCUUGAGAAAAGAUUAUAGAACUAUGGCAUUCCUGGGUUGAAACCAGAAAAGCAAGACUUCCUCCUCACUGUGUUCUGGGCCAUCUGUGUCCCAUCGUGGUCUCUGGAAUUGGAAUAUCUGAGGUUCAGCCUGGCCGGGUUUCUGACUCUAUGAUGCUGGCCAAGUCCUUUCCCCUCCAUGGGCUGCUGUGUCCUCAUUUGUAAAAUGAAGGGGCUGGAUUAGAUUAGGGGGAAGCAAACUACCGCUUUACUGGCCAGAUCUCACCUACUAUCUGCUUGUUUACUCGUUGUUUUAUAAUAGACUUUAUUUGUAGAGCAGUUUUAGAUUCACAGCAAAAUUGAGCAGAUAGUACAUAGAGGUUUCAUAUGCUCCUUGCUAUAGCACACACAGCUUCCCCUACGGUCAGCACCCUGCACCUGAGCGGGACAUCUUUUAACAGUCUAUACACCUACACUGAAAUUAUCACCCAAAGUCUGUGUUUUAUGUUAGAGUUCACUCUUAGUGUUGUACAUUCUGUGAGUUUUGAUAAAUAUAUAAUGAUGUAUAUCUACCAUUACAGUAUCAUACAGAGUAGUUUCACUUCCCUAAAAAGCCAUCUCUUUUUAUAAAUAAAGUUUUAAUUGAAACAUGGCUGAGCCCACACAUAUACAUAAUGUCUACGGCUGUUUUUACACUAUAAUAGCAGAGUUGAGUGGUUGAAACAGAUGUAUAGCCUGCAAAACCUAAAAUAUUUACUAUCUGGCCCUUUACAGAAAAAGUUUGCCAACCCCUGGACUAGGUGAUUUCCAGGAAGCUUCUAGAACCUGCAAUUUUCUGUUAGGUGACUCCGCCAUUUCAUAUCUGGAUAUCUUUCUCCUCAUCCCACUCCCCCUUUCCCCUCCCUCUCGGGGUUUCUCCUGUGUGCUGACGUAGCUGCCACUGUCCCAGAGCAGAGGACUGUGACCCUGGACGUGGAUGUGAAUAACCGCACAGACAGACUGGAGUGGUGCAGCUGCUACUAUCAUGGCAACUUCUCCCUGAAUGCGGCCUUUGAGAUCAAGC